AUGAUCCCAUCUGUUCUCUUAAACAUUUGGAACUCUCUUCCAUCUUUCUCUCAUCAUCAUCAUCAUCAUCAUGACACAUCGGAAACUUCUUCCAAAACCAUAACAACAACAACAACACAAAAAGCAGAUUCUGAGCCAACUUCCAAAAUAACAUCCUCCUCUUCUUCCAAUGGAACCGAUAAAACCUAUCACAUCAAUGAUCUCCUCAUUCCAUUUCCUUCCAUUCCCGUUCAUGAAAUUUUACAAAUCGAUCGAGAGCAUGACAUUCAAUCCUCCAUUCAAUUCGAAUCUUUGGAACAUGCUGUCACUGGAUGUUUUCUCCUCCAUAACGUGUUGACUCGUCUCGAAUGUGAAACAUUAAUUCAAAUUUCGGAACAAAUGGGAUAUCAACCAUCGCCACUUUCGAUUUUGAGUGGUCAGUUUAAUACGAGUGAAUAUAAUCAGAGUACGAAACAAGUGAGAGAUUCUGAGAGAGUGUUGACAGAUAUGCCUCAAGAGGUGAUUCGAGUGUUGAAUGAAAGGAUUGAAAAAUAUUUACCACAAACGAUCCAAUUACAUAGUGGGGAAUGGACAUUUUUAUCUAAAAAUGGUAAACAAGAAGAAAUCAUUGAAAAGGAACGCAAUAAUGAAUAUUCAGAUUUAUGGCUACUUCGAAAAGGGACUCCCAUUAAUGAACGUAUUCGUUUCAACAAGUACACUCCAACUAAGAAAUUUGGUCCUCAUUUCGACGCUGGUUACAAGAAGAAUAAGAAUGAAAUGACCUUAUUGACCAUCAUCUUUUAUUUGAAUGAUAAUUUUAGUGGAGGAGAAACGACCUUCUUUCCAGGAGGUAAACGAACGCAAAUGGAUGAACCCAAUAGUGUAGUGAAAGAAUAUCGAAUUGUUCCUCGUGCUGGAAUGGUGAGUGUGUUUUAUCAGAAUGGGCCUUUGAAUCAUCGACAUGAAGGUUCUCCUGUCAUUGAGGGAUGUAAAUAUAUUAUACGAAGUGAUAUUGCCUAUGUGAGGGCUGUUCCAUUGCCUUAA